CCCUGACCUCCAGCUGCUUCCCAUUGACAUCUGUGAUAAGGGCAACUUCCACCAUUCCAGGUUAUCUCGCGCUGUGACUGGCCAUCUCAAGUCGGCAUCUGUUCAAAUUUCACCGUCCAAUUUUGCACGUGUAGUGGCCACACUCGUCAGGCUACCCUUAACCUCGGACUAAUCUUUGUCCGUUGGCCGACCUUGACGUGGUUCAACGCCGGUGACCGAAAGGGGUAUUGAUCCCAUCAAAGCACGCGACAGGAGGCCUCAGGCUCGAGUUUGCAAAACAUCAAGGCACGAUGUCCGACCUAGGCAGCCCGAUUAGCCCGACUGCAAAGCCAAAAUCCAAGUCAUAUGAAGGAUCAUGCCAUUGUGGCAGAGUUAGAUUCACCAUGAAGCUCUCCCCUCCGGUCGAGGAUGGCCCAGUAACCAGCUGCAAUUGCUCGAUUUGUGCCAUCAACGGAUAUCUUAUGGUCUACCCCUUGGAGUCCAACAUCACCUGGCUCAGUGGUUUUGAUGAAUUGACCACCUACACCUUUGGGAAAGAGAGAAUUGCUCAUUCUUUCUGCUCGACCUGCGGGACGAGCAUUGGCGGGAAGAGCACCGAUCCCAACUUUUUUGCAGAUAAUCGGGCGUUGAAUGUGCGCACAUUGAAAGGCGUCGACGUCGAGGCCCUGAAAUUGAGGAAAGUUGAUGGACGAAAUGCAGGGAUCAAGAUCCCCUCUGAUGCACCUCCCAAAUUAUCCCGCUGAUUUCUGGGCGAAUUGGCUGCAAAUUCGUGGUCGCGUCAAUAUAGCAAAAAUUGCGGGUGCCGAGUCGGCGUAUUGCUGGAGUUGAAUUGAUAUUUGCUUCACACAUCCUUCCUCGUGGACGUUAUACUGAUUGUGCUUCUUCCAUGUGUACAGAAAAGUCAACGGCCGCAUCAUCUCAACCCCAAACAAGGACGAAUUGUCAAAACCUGGUGUGCUUCUCGACCACGCUUAAGGCAUUGGUUUCCAGGUCUUUUCUCAGCAGCAGACGGAGUCAAUCUACACGAGAGACAAGGGAGUAGCGAAGAAGUGACUAGGGGUGGCAUAUAUGGAGGCUACGUGCCGCGACCCCGAACAGAAGGAUUUGGAUCUGAUUUGAACGGUGCGGUCCACAAGUGCGAAAACAGCAAAGUUGAUAUUACGGACUUCCGUUCCAUUCUAUGUGACAGUGGCCUCCAGCCACGAGGAUUUCAUGUUCGCAAUCAUUGAUCUAACCGUCCUGUUU